AUGGGUAACUACUCGAAAGCACUUGAAUUUUACGAAAAAUCAAAUAAAAUCCUCGAAAAAGUUUUGCCUCCGAAUCAUCCCAAUUUGGCUACUUCCUACACAAACAUCGGUGCAGUAUAUAGGGACAUGGGUAACUACUCGAAAGCACUUGAAUUUUACGAAAAAGCACAUAAAAUCCUCGAAAAAGCUCUGCCUUCAAAUCAUUCUCAUUUGGCUACUUCCUACAACAACAUCGGUGGAGUGUAUAAGAACAUGGGUGACUACUCGAAAGCACUUGAAUUUUACGAAAAAUCACAUAAAAUCUUCGAAAAAGUUCUGCCUCCGAAUCAUCCCAAUUUGGCUACUUCCUACAACAACAUCGGUCUAGUGUAUGACAACAUGGGUGAUUACUCGAAAGCACUUGAAUUUUACGACAAAGCACUUAAAAUAAGAGAAAAAGCUCUGUCUCCGAAUCAUCCCGAUUUGGCUACUUCCUACAACAACUUCGGUCUAGUGUAUAACAACAUGGGUGACUACUCGAAAGCACUUGAAUUUUACGAAAAAGAUCUCGAAAUCACGAAAAAAGCUCUGUCUCCGAAUCAUCCCUCAUUGGCUCUUUCCUACAACAAUAUCGGUUUGGCGUAUUACGGCAAAGGAGACUAUUCAAAAGCACUCUCAUUCUUAGAAAAGGCACUUGCUAUUCGUCAAAAAUCACUUCCGUCAACACAUCCUCUAAUUAAAGAGACGAAAGAUAACAUUGAUCAUGUUAAAAAGAAAAUGUAA